AUGCCGUUAGCCAGCCUUUCGCCACCCUCGAAAGGAUUCUUUUCCCCCUCGUCCAUGCCCAACCCAAGGACGGAUGCUUCGCCGCAUGGCGCUGUCUCUUCGGCAGUGCCAAGUCGUGGCCGCAGAAGGGAAUCCAUGACAGGGCAGAUGCGUAGAAAAGCCACCGAUACCGCUUCUGCUGCUGGAGCUGGAGGGGCUUCCGGCCUGUCUAUGAGCCGUGCCGCUGCAGGUAUGCCUGGUUCGCCCAGCGGGCGUGCGAUUCCCAUGAUGGCUCGCUCCCCGCGCAUGGGGGCUGUUGAACUGGGCGGUCUGUCGACCUCGUUUGGUGCUGCUGCUGAGGCACUCACGCUGUCUUCGUCGAUUGCUUCCAACUCGACUGUAGCUCCUGGCUCGUUCCAGGCUCGCAGCAGUGCGCAAUCCAUCAAGAACGAGGGUCGCUCGCAAGGUCACUCGCAUCUGGGCGUAGAGUGCUUUGGUCCGUCGAGCUUGGAUAGCUCCAUGCCCAUGCCGAGUCCAGGGAUGAUGAGCUCGAAUGCAAGCGCGAGCGGCGCACUCGACAAUGGCGGCAAGCGUGAUCGACGCGCAUCGGUGAGCUCGACAGGCACCGUUGGCGACGACGAGGAUGGCAAGGGCGGCAAGCACGAGCAACUUCACCGUUGUGAGAGCUGUGCCAAAGUGUAUCGUCAUCCAAGUUGUCUGAUCAAACACCGCUGGGAGCAUACAGUGUACUGGAAGGAAGCGUCCAAGUUUCUGAUGAGCAAGCAUCAGCAAGUGCAGCUUCUGGAGGCAGCAGCUAUCCUCGUGGGCAUGGACGCCAAUGCUCGCUCUCUGCCCGAGGAGAAGGCUCUCUGGCCGGCGGCGGUGAGCCCUCCGUCUUCGGGUCUGCUCGGUUCCGAGUCGAUUAACUUUGAGAUGCUGAUGGCAUCAAAACGUCGCAACACGAUCUCGAGCAACACGAGCGGCAGCCCGGCACGUGGACCUACACCUUCGCUGGUGCCCAACGACAGCAGCGAUGGCAGCACGACGAGCACGUACGAUCCUUCGAUGCGCAGUGGCACCAUGAGCCCGCUUGCCGGUCUGGGUAGCAUGCGUCUCACCGAGAGCGAUGGUAAGCAUGCGCGCUACCGCCUCGACGACAGCGCCAGUGGCAGUGGAAGCGAUCGUGCUGACCGUUCGGGAUCGGCUGAGAUGUACGACGAUGAAGACGUCCAUGACGAGCGACGAUCGGAUGAGCCCGAAGAGCGGUACGGUGCCGACGCAGGUGGCGAUGUGAUGGCUAACAUGGAGAUGGACGAUGUCAACUAG